ACGACGGAGACUCUUGAAGCUAUGCAGUUGAGGCCUCGAUUUAGUGUGCUCGCUGCUAUUGGCAUUCAGUACAGCAUAAGUGCAACUCCUCUUGCAAUCGGCGGUUAUCUUACCUUCAUCCUCGGCGUGGGCGGCAGCCCAUUCUUCUUUUACUGUUUCCUUGUCGCCGUCACCGGCCAAAUGCUUGUUUGUCUGAGUCUUGCUGAAAUUGCGUCGGUAUACCCACAUGCUUCAGGCCAAGUGUUCUGGACGGCAGCCCUCGCACCGCCGGAGUGGAAGCGCUUCCUCAGUUAUUGCAACGGGGCCGCUACCAUGCUGGGUUGGAUAUUCGCGAACGCGGGUACAUAUGUCUUUGCAGCACAGAUAUGGUUGGCAGCAAUGACUGUUCGAUUCCCGGAUUUCCAGAGCGAACCGUGGCAGGCGUUUUUGACAGUGGUGGCCUGCGCAGUCUUUGGUGUGGUGCUGAACGUCUGGCUGUUUCGCUGGUACCCAUACAUCACCACCUUCAUGGUCUUCUUCAUCAACGUCGGCACACUAUAUGUGUUUGUCACACUUCUCGUGAGAGCUAACCCGAAAGCGUCGGCGUCUCAAGUCUUCGUCGAUGUGGUCAACGAGACCGGGUGGGAAUCUCUGGGGGUCGUCUUCCUGAUAGGAUUCCUGCCCGGCUGUGUCGCGAUUUCUUGCUUCGACACGGCUGCACACAUGGCAGAAGAGAUGGAGAUACCCGAGCGCCAGGUCCCUCAGGUCAUGAUCGGGGCAUCUUCUCUGUGUGCUCUCACCGCUAUCCCCAUGAUCCUGGUGUUCCUUUUCUGCACGGUUGCACCAGAAAACCUACUGGCCCCUCUCGGCGGCCAGCCCGUCUUCCAAGUUUUCAUCGACGGCUUCGCCUCGGACGCGCUUGUGGCCAUCGCUCUGGCCAUAUACUGUGUUGUCUACCUUUCUUCAGUCCCUGCCGCAAUCGCAACCGCGAGCCGCUUGGUGUGGUCAUUUGCGAAACACGGCGGCAUCCCUUUCCGAGGGUGGGUAGGCCGUGUCGACCCUGCCCGGGAAAUCCCCAUCAACGCGGUCUACCUGACCGCCGGGAUCUCGACACUGAUCGGCCUGCUCGUUCUCGGACCCACGACCGUGCUGAACGGUGUCUUCGGCGCCGGAGGAGUGUGCUUUUUCAUCUCCUACGGGCUUCCGGUAUGGCUAGUGCUCUGGAGAGGCCGGGGCGUGCUGCCGGCAAACCGAUAUGUCCAUCUGGGCCGCUUCGGUCUGGCCGUCAACGUCCUGACCGUCGCCUGGCAGUGCCUGACGGUGGUCUUCCUGUGCUUUCCGCUGUACCAGCCCGUCACGCUCGACAACAUGAACUGGGCAUCGCUGUGCGCCGUCGUCGGGCUUUCCGUGUUCGCUGUCAACUGGUUCGUGUACGCCAGCAGGCAUUACGAAACACCAAAGGCGCUGUUUGUGAGCGGGAUUCAUGGGGCUGGUCGUCACCAGGCUUGAUCCGAGUGGCGUGUGUUGAAAGGCUCGGGUUCUUGUCAGAGACUCCUCGGGCCACUUACGCAAUUCAAGUCUACACUCAGUACGGCAUAACUAUUAUGUUGCACGAUAACACAAUAUACACGUUCCUUUCACACGAU